ACGAGGAAUAAAGGUCACCUACUAUACGAUUCACUUUCAUCGGCGGCCUGCGUGCGUGUAUAAAAGAUGGCCAUUCUUGGAAUCAUCUUCACACUUCUCUCAACUGUAUUCAGAAGAGCAGCACAACAAUCCCAACUAGUAAAAUGAAAUUCAUCAUUGCUCUUGCUUUCUUGGCCGUGGCACUUGCUGCACCUCAAGGAGAUAAGAAGCCCAUCGAAAUUGUGUCAUCCAACAGCGAAAUGAACGCCGAUGGCAGUUACUCCUUCAAUUUUGAGAGCGCCGAUGGCACCAAGGUCUCCGAAAGCGGCAGCCAGAAACAAGUUGGACCUAAACCAGAGGAUAUCGGUACCGUCUCCAAGGGAUCCUACUCCUACACCUCCCCCGAUGGCGUUGUUAUCACUGUCAACUGGACCGCUGAUGAGAAUGGAUUCCAAGCCACCGGUGACCAUUUGCCAACUCCUCCUCCCAUGCCCGAGCACGUCGUAAAGAUGCUCGCUGACUUGAAGGCUGCCGGUGUUCUGUAAGCAAUUCAUCUAGAGUUUCGCUUCGUAUGUACAUAACGCCAAAAAAGUCUUCUUCAAGCAAACACACAACAUCAGCUAGUUGCGCUUGUAUCAUAUACCAAUUCCCUUGUACGCGAUUGAGAAAUAAAAAUUAAUUUGUAUUCAUAAAA